CAAAAAAAGAAAGAAAGGAAAGGAAGCGGCUUCUCCUCCGUCUCGUCUGUAGAGCAGGAGCGCGCGGCUGCCUGCGAGAAAAUGCGGGCGUUGGAGCGUGUGUUGCUGAGGGGCUUCCCCAGCGCAGCGGAGUCACCGCGGUGGAAGCAGAACGAGGCGGCUUCGGCUGCAGAGAGUGGGUCCUUGUUGCAGUUGCUGUUGGAAGGGAAUUAUGAGGCUGUUUUACUAAGUAAAGCAGUCCAGGAUAUUUUCACAACACCUGAAGUAGCAGAAGAGGGUACCAUUGCCAGCUACUUAGAAAAGCAGAUUCAAAAUUAUCUGGACUGUUCUUCUGCAGAUACGGAUCCUAUGGAAAGGCAAAGUGUGGUGUUUCUACUUGGUGUGGGGAGCCUGCAGUUGUUUGUACAGAGCAACUGGACUGGGCCUCCUGUUGAAUUGCAACCUCAAGACUUUUUGCAAACUCUAUUACUAGAACAAUACGACGAGCCCAGUACAUUGUCUACAGCUGUGCUGAGUCUGCUGGUUCUAGAUGGUGAAUCGAUCUAUAGCCUGACCUCCCAUACUGUCUUGCUGAUGCUAGCUAGAGCAGUGCUUGUGAAUUCAAAGCAUAAGCUAGAAGCUAUACAGACAUUGCCUUGGUGGACUCUACGGUGUGUGAAUAUCCAUCAGCAGUUAUUAGAAGAAAGAUCACCUGAACUCUUUGAUAUUGCCCAGGCCUGUAUACAACAAGUGUCUGAAAUUGAAACUUUAUUUACUGAUGACGAGUGCUGGCAUCUUGCUGUUCAGUUCCACCUGGAGUGCGCUUACACGUUUUUGCAUUAUUAUGAGUAUAAAAAAGCCAAAGAACACUUUCUUGCAGCCAAAGACAUAACCAAGUUACAGAUUAAUUUAACAGGUGCCCUGGGAAAAAGGACAAGAUUUCAGGAAAAAUAUGUAGCACAGCUCAUAUUAGAUGUUCAAAGGGAAGAUGGCAUCCUCCUUCCUCACCGUGAGCUUAGUCCAGCACCUUCCCCACUUGAAGAUUUAACAAAGAAUUAUGAUUUAAAUGAUGACACAGUGUUAAAUGAAAUAAAGUUUGCAGAAUCUCAUCAGAACCAGAUGCCUGACUUAUGUGCAGAAGAGCUUGCCGUCAUCCUUGGAAUUUGCAUAGACUUUCAGAAGAACAACCCGGUUCAUAAGCUCACAGAAGAGGAGCUGCUUGCUUUUUCAUCAUAUCUGCUUUCACAACCAAAAUUCUGGGCAAUUCAAACUUCUGCUCUGCUUCUCCGAACGAAGCUUGAGAGAGGAAGCAUACGUCGAGUAGAGCGAGCAAUGAAACAGACUCAGGCUCUUGCAGACCAAUUUGAAGACAAGAAAACAUCAAUUUGUGAACGUAUGAAACUAUUUUACAGUUGCCAAGUUCCUCCACAUUGGGCUAUCCAGCGGCAGCUUGCAAGCUUACUAUUUGACCUUGGAUGUACCAGUUCAGCUCUGCAGAUCUUUGAAAAGCUUGAAAUGUGGGAGGAUGUAGUUAUCUGCUAUGAAAGAGCAGGACAGCAUGGAAAGGCAGAAGAAAUUUUGAGGCGGGAGGUAGAGAAGAAAGAAACACCAAGUUUAUAUUGCUUGCUUGGGGAUGUCCUUAAAGACCAUUCUUACUACGACAAAGCUUGGGAAUUGUCAAAGCACCGCAGUGCCCGGGCUCAGCGCUCCAAAGGUCUUCUCCACCUUCGCAACAGGAACUUCAGGGAAUGUAUAGAGUGCUUUGAGCAAUCUGUAAAGAUUAACCCUAUGCAGUUAGGUGUGUGGUUUUCCUUGGGCUGUGCCUACUUAGCUUUGGAAGAUUAUGAAGGUGCUGCCAGAGCAUUUCAGCGCUGUGUAAUAUUGGAACCUGAUAACGCAGAGGCUUGGAACAAUUUAUCAACUGCAUAUAUCAGAUUAAAACAGAAAAUUAAAGCAUUCCGGACCCUUCAGGAAGCUCUCAAGUGUAAUUAUGAGCACUGGCAGAUUUGGGAAAAUUACAUUCUCACCAGUACAGACGUUGGAGAGUUUUCAGAAGCUAUUAAAGCUUAUCACAGGCUUAUGGACUUACAAGAAAAGUAUAAAGAUGUCCAGGUGCUAAAGAUACUAGUAAAAGUAGUUAUGGAUGGAGUGACUGAUCGUAAUGGAGAAACUGCAACAGGGUUAAAGGGGAAACUGCAGGGACUCUUUGGCAGAGUGACUUCUAGAGUGACAAGUGAUGGAGAAAUCUGGAGACUAUAUGCAAGACUCUAUGGGAAUGGGCAGAGUGAUAACCAUGAAGAUACAGAGAAGGUGCUACAGUAUCUCAGCAAAGCACACAAAUGUGAAAUCCAGUCAAAGGACUGGGACAAAGAUAUUUUCUCUUUUAAGAACGUAGUAAAAGGAGCUUUAGAGCUUGCACAUGUGGCAAUGAGGUGCAGCAAAACCAAGUCUAAUCACCAAGAAGCACUGCAAAUUCUCUCUUCGGCUCGACUCAACUUACGUAGCUUGGCAGCCAGAGCAAAGCAACUUUUUGCAGACACAGUGAGUGGUGAAGUUUCCAGUGACCUAGCUGAAGAAGUGGCAGCUAUGGAGAACUUGAUAGUGGAAUUGCAGGAACUUAGCAACCAGCUAAGAAAUCAGACCUGAGAAAAAGAAGAUCCAGUUUCCUGGAAGGAAGGAAGGGCAAAGUUGGCAAACUUCAUUGGCUACAGUUUGCGCUAAUGAGCUUGCAGUAAAUCAGACACCCCAAGCCACUCUCUAAUAAAUAUUUUUCCAUAUAACGUAGCUUCUAAUUGCAGCCAGCAGUGCUAGGACUGUAAAGUGUUUUUAAGGUCAGGCCUGUUCAUUGUCAUUUUCGGUGUUUGUGUGAUUUCUGUUGGCCUGGGUUUUCUAGAACAAAACUGACUGGUUUUUAUUUAGAAGGCCCUUUUAUUUAGGAUUAGUUCUGCUCGAGUGCACCACGUAAUUGGCUUCUGUCCAUUGAUGUGCACUUUGCAGAUAGGAGAGAUUAAGUCCUGUUGAUGUUAGAAGGGAAAAGGGAUGGGGGCACUUUGCUCUUGUUUUUAAUUGAGAUUGGGGGAAGGUCAGAAAGAUUGAGAAAAUCAAACAAAAAACAAAAUGGCUCUCUUCUGUGGAAUUUAAAACUAAUGUAAUUGUGAA